AUGUCGUUUCCUUCUAAGUUCAACCCCCACGCAAAUAAAGCAAAAUUACUCGAGGAAUACAAGGGUAAGAAGUUGUCGGAACUGCCAACACCAUCGUUUGUGGUGGAUAGGGCAACCUUCCAGCAGAAUUGUGAAAAAAUGCUUUUGAAUGCUAAGCGUUUGAAGGCGGACUUUCGUGCGCAUGUCAAAACGCACAAGACUGAGGAAGGAACAAUUCUUCAGUUGGGCUCAGGAGACUCGAAAACAAAGAAAAUUGUGGUAUCAACCCUUGCUGAGGCCUGGGGCUUAGUGCCACUAAUGCAGCAAGACAAGAUAGACGAUGUUUUAUUUAGUUUGCCUGUAGUUAAGAGCAGACUUGCGGAACUUGCGGAGCUAAACCGUCAGGUGCCACAUUUGCGCUUGAUGCUUGAUAACAAAGAGCAGUUGGAUGUUCUUGCUGACUUCAGCAAAAACAAUGGUGGCCAAAAAUGGUCGAUUUUCAUAAAAAUGAAUAUGGGAACCAAUCGGGCUGGAUUUGAGGAAAAUACUGCUCUUGAUGAGACCUUGCACGAGUUAUUACUAACGCCUGUUCGAGAGUAUGUCUCGUUGUAUGGAUUUUACUGUCAUGCUGGUCAUUCGUAUGCUGCGCAGACAGGAGCAGAGGCGAAGUCUUUCCUAGUGCAGGAAAUAAGUAGUGGGAAUGCCGCUUGCAAAAAGGCCAUGGAGAUUGACCCCUCUUUGAAACUUCAAUUGUCUGUUGGAGCCACUCCUACUGCACAUGCUUCAGGCGAAUUAGAAGUAUCCUCUGUCGGGCAACUGUACGGUCAAUUAGAACUGCAUGCUGGUAACUAUCCAUUCUGUGAUCUGCAACAAAUGAGCACCCAUUGUAUUAGUCUAGAUCAGGUAUCCUGUAGGGUGUUGGCAGAGGUGCUCUCAGCUUAUCCCGGGAGAGGAAACCUAAGUCCUGGUGAACAGCUUGUGAACGCUGGUGUUAUUGCCUUGGCAAGGGAGUUUGGACCUCAAUCUGGUCAUGGGGCAAUCACUUCCCCAGAAGGUUAUGGGAACUGGAUUGUUGGCAGAUUGAGCCAAGAGCAUGGUAUUUUGACGCCUCUGGAGGAAGGUAAGGAUACUAAAAUGAUUCCGUUAGGUACUCAAGUCCAAAUUGUCCCUCAACACAGCUGUAUCACUGCCUCAGCAUACCCAUGGUACUUUAUUAUUGAAAAUAGUGAUGUCGUAGUUGAUAUAUGGGUGCCAUUCACAGGAUGGUAA